AUGUCACAGUCACUCACCCAUACCCUCGCUACUGUCUUGCUCUUUGUUGCGAGCUUGACUUGCGCAACCGAUGCAUACUUUCCGAAGAACCAGAGAGAAAGGAGACAGAUUCUUGGGGACGUACCAUCGUGGACAACUCCUAGCUUCUGCACAGAAACCGGCCGAGUCAAAGAUAUAGCGAGCUUAAUGCUCCAUCCCCCACCCUCACCCCCAUCCAAAACGCCCAACUCCCCUUCCCCCUCCCCCUCCCCCUCCCCCUUCCCCUCCCUCUGCUCCGAAAUCCUCCGCCCAACACACACAAUAACCUACACCUCAACCCUCAUCGGCAGCACACCCAUCACCCUAACAUCCACCACAACACUUACCAUCUCAACAACCACCUCAGAAUACAGCCACAGCACAACCACAGCGCUCUGCCCCCUUCCUUACCCUUCCCCCUCAUCCCCUCCCAACCCCUCCCCCGCCACCAACCUCAAAUGCUCCCUCCCCGCCCUCGGCCUCCCCCAAAACCUACUGUAUUUCAAAAACGAUCUAUCAGGUAUACAAUGCCAUGAAUUAUGUCUAGCCGAUACGAGGUGUUUGAGUUUUCAGGUGGUGGUGCAGACGGAUAGAUUGGGGCUGGAGUUGGAGUUGGGUUCUGAUGGUGGUGGGAAGGAGGAGGCGGGGUUGAGGUAUUUGAGGUGUAAUGUUUAUAAGACACGGGUGGAGGGGAAUGUGGUUUUGGUUGAUAAUGAUGGGGAUGGAGGGGGAGAGGGGGAUGGGGAUGAGUUUGAAGAGGGAGCUGGGGCGAGAUUUUGGGAUAGAGGGUGUGCGGGGUUGGUUGCUGUGAGUUUUGAAGUGUUUCUUCCAGUUUUUGUGAUGAUGAUGGGAGGGGGGAAAGAAAUGAUGAUGAGGAUGAGGAUAGGCUGA